AUGCACCUUGAUGGCUUGCUACCGCCGUUUUUGGGGGCUCUUCAGGCCUGCGUCUCGGUACUCCUAACCAUGUGCUACGGAGUUGCCGCGCGACGACUGAGUCUAAUCCACGAUGGCACCAUCAAUGACAUGUCUGCAUUGUGCGUGAAGCUCUUUUUGCCAGCUCUCAUUGUCGUGAAUUUGGGCCAGGAGCUCCACCUUGGGACGGCGUUGAAUUAUAUUCCAGUUCUAGCUUGGUCAUUCAUCUACACCAUCGCAUCUAUCGGGCUGUCUUAUGUGUUAGCAAGACUAUUUCGACUACCCCAAUGGGUUGCCCCAGCAUCCACAUUCAACAACACCUCAUCCCUCCCUUUACUGCUCCUCCAAUCCCUCGGCAGUGUAGGUUCCCUACGACUCAUCCUCCGCGGCGAUGAAAGCACAGCCGACGCAAUCGAGCGAGGACAAAGCUACUUCCUCGUUUGUGCAGUCGUCAGCAAAAUCAUCGCCUACGUUGUCGGUCCGCGGAUGCUCCACGACGGCACAAACACCGAGGAUCAUCCGAGUAGCGCUGAGGAACAUCAACAUCUAUCUGACUGCGAGGAUGAGCGCUUGACCGAAACUACCUCCCUGCUCCCACAGCGCGCACAAACCGCCAAGGCAGCCGUCGGAGUGCGCGUUCGGUCCUGCAGCAGGUGGCUUGUCUCGUUCUUUCCAUCCCGGAUUAGGGAAGAGCUUAUGGCGCCUUUUGGAGAUCCGUUCGCCGGAGUAGCGAUAUGUUGUACCCUCGUCGGCGCGUUGUUGGGUCUCGUCCCCGCGCUGCAUAAGGUGUUUUUCUUCCGCGAUGAGGAAGGCGGCUACCUCCAAGCGUGGUUGACGACUAGCGUGCGCAAUAUUGGACGGCUCUUUACAACUCUUCAGAUCUUCCUCGUUGGGUGUAAACUUGGAGUAGCCUUUGAGCGGAUGGUAGCCGGGAGCGAGGCCGGUGGUGACUCGAGUCGCAUUCCCGUCCGGGCCAUCACGAUUAUCUUUUUAGUACGGUUGGUGGCCUGGCCGGCAGUAAGUAUCUCGUUGAUAUAUGGACUGGCAAAGCAUACGAAGCUUAUGGGCGAUGAUCCUAUUCUGUGGUUCAGCAUGAUGCUGAUGCCGGCCGGGCCUCCCGCGUUGAUGAUUUCGGGACUGGCAGAAGUAGCGCAGGCAUCAGAGACGGAGAAAAUGGCUAUUGCGAAAACAUUGACGGUAAUGUAUGCGCUCUCGCCUUUUAUAUGCUUUACGAUUACGGGUGCGCUCAAGGCCUCCGAGGCGGUGUUCAAAGAACGACCUUGA